AUGAGGUGGAACUUGUUCAAGAAGAAACCAGAAGCCAUGGUGGGACCUGAACCCACAGGAGCGGGUGCCGGCGCUAGCACCAGUGCCAUGACGAUGGCUCCAGCGCCAGCCAUCCCCACGGCAGCAGACAAUUCCACCGAGUCCGAGGGACCGGUCAACAAGAAUGACGUCUUCGAGGAGAUCAAAAGCAAGUUUCUCAACGAGAUCGAUAAGAUCCCAUUGCCUCCCUGGGCCCUGAUCGCCAUCGCCGUGGUAGCCGCCCUUCUCAUCCUCACCUGCUGCUUCUGCAUCAUUAAAAAGUGUUGUUGCAAGAAGAAGAAGAACAAGAAGGGCAAGAAGGGCAAAGACGGCUUCAACAUGAAGAACAUGCAAGGCGGCGAUAAACACCAGGAUGAUGAUGACGAAGAUGGAGAAACCGGUCUGACGGAGGAGGAAAAAGAGGAAGAGGAAAAGGAAGAGGAGAAGCUGGGAAAGCUGCAGUACUCUCUAGAUUAUGACUUCCAAGAUAACAAGCUCACAGUAGGAGUCUUGCAGUGUGCCGACCUCAUUUCUAUGGAUACAGGAGGAACGUCAGAUCCUUACGUUAGAGUUUUCCUCCUGCCCGACAAGAAGAAGAAGUUUGACACCAAAGUACACAAAAAGACCCUCAAUCCAGUUUUCAAUGAAUCCUUUGUCUUUAAAGUUCCCUAUCAGGAGCUGGGUGGCAAGACACUGGUCAUGUCUGUUUAUGACUACGAUAGGUUCUCUAAGCAUGACAUCAUCGGGGAGGUUAAGUUGCCAAUGAAUACAGUGGAUCUGGGCCAGCCUAUCGAAGAAUGGAGAGAUCUGGAGAGCGCUGAAAAAGAGGAGCCUGAGAAACUCGGUGACAUCUGCAUCUCUUUGCGUUACGUCCCUACCGCUGGCAAACUCACUGUGUGUAUCCUGGAGGCCAAGAACCUGAAGAAGAUGGAUGUGGGUGGACUGUCUGAUCCUUAUGUGAAGAUCCAACUGCUGCAGAACGGCAAGCGCCUGAAGAAGAAGAAGACAACGGUGAAGAAGAACACGUUAAACCCCUACUACAAUGAGUCCUUCAGCUUUGAGAUUCCACUGGAACAGAUGCAGAAAAUCAUUGUGGUCGUCACCGUGUUUGAUUACGACAAGAUCGGCAAAAAUGACGCCAUCGGUAAGAUCUUCAUCGGAAGCAAAGCCACGGGCACGGAGCUAAAGCACUGGUCCGACAUGUUGGCCAACCCACGUCGCCCCAUUGCCCAGUGGCACCCGCUCAAACAAGAGGAGGACGUGGACGCAGCACUGGCAGCGCUCAACGCCAAGAAGUAA